AUGGCUUCAAGACCUGGAGCUGUCGGUCGACCUGGCGGGCGUUUUGCACAGUUCAAACUUGUUCUUUUAGGAGAAUCCGCAGUAGGAAAGAGCUCUCUCGUUCUGCGUUUUGUCAAAGACCAGUUUGAUGACUACCGCGAAUCCACCAUCGGUGCAGCAUUUCUGACACAGACAAUAUCAUUGGAUGAAAACACGACAGUGAAGUUUGAAAUAUGGGAUACUGCUGGUCAGGAACGGUACAAGUCCCUUGCGCCAAUGUACUACAGAAAUGCAAAUUGCGCCGUUGUUGUAUACGAUAUCACUCAGGCUUCAUCACUGGACAAGGCCAAAUCAUGGGUCAAAGAAUUGCAAAGACAGGCGAACGAGAAUAUUAUUAUUGCUUUAGCAGGGAACAAAUCCGACAUGGUCGCCGAUAGUCCUGACAAGCGAGCUAUUGAAACCGCCGACGCAGAGGCUUAUGCUCGAGAGGCUGGCUUGCUCUUCUUUGAAACCUCGGCGAAGACAUCGACCAACGUCAAGGAGCUCUUCACCGCAAUCGCUCGAAAGUUGCCAUUAGACCAAGCUGGUCCACGAAUGAGACAAAAUCUUAGGCCAGGUGUUGAUCUGAGGCCAGAGACUAGCAACACACAAGGAGCAGGCCCCUACGUUAGGAAAGGAUCCUUCAACUCAAAAGACACCUCGACCUCGACCUCUGAUCCUGCGUUCCUACCAGGAUCGCAAAGCUCUGCCGCUCCUAUAAAAGUUCCACCGCCUCCUGGCCCCGUCAAUCCUACGCCACUUAGUGCGCCGACACCAGCAACGCCAACAUCCUCCUCGACGAUAUCUCCUGAAAAUGUGCCAUUGACACCACCACCGCCACCCACCAAAGUCCAGGUCGCGCCGCCAACGUCGGUACCACCUCCUUCCAAGUCUCCACCGCAAUCACCUCCUCUUUCCCCUCCUCCUUCUUCUUCACCACCACCACCAUCUUCUUCUGCUACUCCUCCAAAACAGAAACGUCGCGGGCUUAGAUUCUUGCUUUACCUUACUGUAUUUACUGGUCUGGGCUAUGGAGCGGCAGUCUUCUACGCGCUCAAAAGUGACAACUUUCAUGACUUCUUCACCGAAUACGUGCCCUUUGGAGAGGAAGCUGUACUAUAUUUCGAAGAACGAUCCUUUCACAAGAGAUUUCCCAAUGCUCGCAUCAACCAGAGUCGAGUCCCUUCUUCGGCACAGAGAGUUGGGAAUAGAGUCACCAUUCCGUCCAAAUCUGGCAUCUCGUGGAAAGUAUCUGAUGAGGGUGACACCGGUGGAAGUGAUUUAUCACAAAAGGGAAGACAUAUGAGUGCGUUGGACGCCAACAUGCCAACCAAGGUCGAAGUCAAAAACGCGCAACAAGCUCCAAAUCAAGCAAGUCAAAAGGAGAUGUCAGAUGCAGUGGGAGCUGCAAAGAAAACUUCGACUACACCAAAGGCUGCUCCGCCUGCGGUUCCGGCUCCGGUGUCUACUUCUGUCCCGGAGGCGAAAACCGAGAAGAAACCGGAAAUGACGCCUACCGCAUCUCCUGCAACCCCGAGUCCAAAGUCGGAUCCCAGACCACCAGCAAUUUCUCCAGUUGCUCAUCUAGCGCCAUUGGAAGUACCCAACGCGGACGAACCAGUUGUACAGGAAUUGACGAAAAUCGUGAAUGAUCUUAUUACAGUGAUCAACGCCGAUUCCCCAGAUGCUUCCAACAAAUAUUCUGCCCCAAUCGCCAAGGCCAAAGAAUCUCUUGUAGGAACAGCGGCGAAGAUUACUGCUCUGAAAGAAGAGGAACGAAAGGCAGCAGAGGAAAAGAUCAAGGAAGCUCACCGUCAAUUUGACGAGAGCACCAAAGAGCUGGCUAGAAGAAUUGAUGCCGCCCGGGGCGAAGAGGUUGCCCGCUACCGAGAGGAAUUCGAAGCGGAAAGGGAGAAGCUGAGUCGUAGUUAUGAGGAUAAGCUCAAGACUGUGGUCGAUCGAGCACAACAAGUGUCUGAGCAGCGACUGAAGAAUGAACUGACAGAACAGGCUAUCGAGUUGAAGCGCAGGUUCGUAGCUGACAUCAAAUCACUUGUGGAGCAGGAAAGAGAUGGGCGGCUUUCGAAGAUCUCGGAAUUAAGCAGAAAUGUCGAUGAUCUGCAAAAGUUGACCAGUGACUGGAAUGGCGUUAUCGAUUCGAAUCUCGCGACUCAGCAACUUCAGGUUGCAGUCGACGCUGUGCGGUCGGCAAUCUCCCGAGCUGCCGUGAGUGAAGGCAUGCCCAAGCCGUUUCUUACUGAACUGGCUGCUUUAAAGGAGGUGGCAAACGGAGAUCCUGUUGUUGAUGCUGCGAUAGCAUCCAUCAACCCUACUGCUUACCAACAAGGGGUACCCUCCCCUGCGCAACUUAUCGAUCGCUUUCGCCGUCUCUCCUCCGAAGUGAGGAAAGCCUCUCUUCUGCCCGAGAAUGCUGGUGUCGCUUCUCAUGCCGCAAGCGUUCUUUUGAGCAAGGUAAUGUUCAGGAAGCAGGGUGUACCAACUGGCGACGACGUGGAAAGCGUUCUGGCCAAGACAGAGACGCAUCUUGAAGAAGGAGACUUGGACGGAGCUGCACGAGAAAUGAAUACACUUCAGGGCUGGGCGGGCGUCCUUAGCAAGGACUGGUUGCAGGAUUGUCGUAAAGUGCUUGAAGUUAGACAAGCUCUUGAUGUGAUCGAGACCGAGGCAAGAUUGCAAUGCUUGAGAGUGGAAUGA